GCAGGAAACCACGUUGGAGUCCGAAGAAGAAUGUUCAAUUCGCCAAGCUCCCUUGCGCGAAAUGAGACCAGCGGAAAAAUAACUCCUGAUGCCACUAAUACGGUAGUCUAGCCGGCGGACGGAGAGACGCAACUUGAGGACGAAGAUCAACUUGCAGAUCAGUACGAGCAAGAAAGCCUUGACCAGUUCGAGACUCUGAGAAAGGUUAGCCAAGAACUAAAGGAAAUGAAAUCAAAGUUCCACCAGGCCACUAGUUCAGAGCCAGAUAUCAAUCGAGUCAUUGAAGAAGCCAGGCGAACACCUUUCAUCCCGCGAAUUGCAAGUUUGAGAAUCAAAGAUUCUCGGAAGCUCAAACUGGAGCCCUACAGCGGACUAGAAGACCCAAAGAGUUAUCUCGCAGCCUUUUUGAUUGCCGCUGGACGAGUCGAAUUGGAUGAAGCCGAUGAGGAUGCGGGAUAUUGCAAACUCUUUUCAGAAAAUCUUUGUGGCCAAGCACUAAUGUGGUUUACCCAGUUAGAGCCAGGUUCAAUCAGCAGUUUUGACGAGCUGUCAGCUAUUUUCUUAAAACAAUAUUCUACCCUUAUGGAUAAAAGCGUUUCGGACGCUGACCUUUGGAAUUUAUCACAAGGAUCGAAUGAGUCACUUCUAAUUUUCAUCACCAAGUUCAAAGGGGUACUGUCGAAGCUCCCAAGAAUUUCACAAUAGUCAGCUUUAUCUGCCCUACGAAAAGGUUUGCGGCAUGAUUCAAGGUUCAAAGAAGAUCUAAUACUUCAUAAACCAGACACAAUUCAAGACGCACUUUUCCGCGCAAACAAUUGGAUGGAAGUAGAAGAUGAAAAAGAGAAUUUCGCCACAAGAAAUAAACAAGAAAAACCGGCGGUCACUUUCCCUACCAAAAAGUUUGAGCCCAGAGAAAACAAAGGACCAAGAAAGUUUGGGUCACAGCCCUUCAACAAUAUCGUCGGAAAACAAUUCCAAGGAAAAGGAAAGUCGAACACGUGGGUCCGUGACGAGAGUUUAUAUUGUGACAUCCAUAAGGUGACCGGGCACUUAACCAAAGAUUACAGUGUCCUUAAAAGGCAUCUCGCGGAGCUGUGGGCCAGUGGAGAUCUUUCCAAAUUCAACAUGGAGAAUUUCGUGAAGGAAUACCACGAAGCAAGAGAUUAUGUCAAAGAUCAGAACUCCAAAAGAGCAAGGUUGUCCAAUGAAGAAGAACCAAGGAGUUCGAAAGGAAAGAUCAAUGUAAUUCUAGGAGGUUCCAAACAUUGCCGAGAUUCGAUUAGUUCCAUCAAGAAGCAUAGGCGAAAUGUUUCACUCAAAGCAAACUUGGGCGAAGAAGUUGACUUUCAAGGUACAUCAAUAUCAUUUGACGAGGAAGAAACGCGGCACCUCGAAAGAUCUCAUGAUGACGCCCUCGUCAUUACCUUGGACAUUGCCAACUUCGAAAUGUCAAGGAUCCUCAUCGAUACAGACAGUUCGGUCGAUUUAAUCUUUUUAAGUACUUUGGAAAGAAUGAGAAUUAGUCGGCAGACAUAGUAGGACCUCCAUCUCCCUUAGUGUCGUUCACAAGUGAGUCAGCGAUGUCUCUCGGAACGAUCAAGCUACCAGUUCUUGCCAAAAAGGUGUCGAAAAUCGUGGACUUCGUU